UUACUUUUUAAAUUGAGGGGGACGGGUGCUAUAAAUAAAGUCGAUCAAUAAAAUGCAAGCUGGAAUAUAGAGAAUACAGAAAGAGAUUUGGAGCUUUAAACAUGGAUUAUAUUCCUUCCAAUAUACUCCAAUUUGACCAAGCUUCACAACAUGCUGAUGACUUGUUCCAAGUUUCCACCUUUUCCUACAUAGAGAGCACAAUCCAAGACAGUCAAGCACUCCCGCCGACUCUAUCUCAGGAUGGUCGUGAUCUCACUUGGAGGCCAAGCUCCGGCCGCGGAAAGCGGAAGGCAUCAUCGUCGUCCAUCAGUUUUAGUGAAAUUGAUGAUAAAAAACCAAAGGGCAACAAGAAAGUCAUGCAUAGAGAUAUUGAACGACAAAGAAGGCAAGAAAUGGGCACCCUUUAUGCAUCUCUUCGAUCUCAACUCCCCCUUGAAUAUCUCAAGGGUAAGAGGUCUAUAUCUGAUCAUGUGCACCAGGCAGGAAAUUAUAUUAAGCAUCUACAAAACAAUGUCCAGGAACUGCAUAAUAAGAGGGAUCAAUUGAAAAGGUCGUGCAAUAUUUUACGCUCUGCCGGUACCAAAAAUACACAGUGCAAAAUGCAAGAUUCUGUAAUAAUUGUUAGACCUUGUAGAGUAGGAAUGGAAGUUGUUGUGAAUGCUCCCUUGAAACAAGGGCUUCCGCUUUCUAGAGUACUCGAAAUUCUGGUCGGAGAAGGACUUAGCACGGUCAGCUGCAUCUCAACCGAAGUAAAUGAAAGGUCGAUUUAUACAACUGAAUCUGAGGUAAGUGAUGGGAGUAUCAUUGAUAUGUCGGAACUACAACAGAGAUUGACAAGAUCUUUUGAUCAAGCCUGGCUUCAACUAAGGUGCUGGAGGAUUUGAUUAUAUAUAUCCUUUGUAAAAGUUUGGUGAGCUGUGUUUGUAUCCCUGGCCGGCCCUAUUGAUAUUCGACCUCCUGGUAUUUAAUAUGACCAGCUACUACUGGAAAUGUGAUUAAGCUAUUGUGUUCAUCAAUGACUAAUGAGGAAAAAGCUAAGGGAUGGUGAUCCCAUAAAACAAUAUUAUGGUUGUAACAUCACGUACACAGUGUGUAAAAUAAGAAAGGUAGGGUUGGCGUUGGUCUGGGUUUCUGCCCCUUAUGGUGAGGAAAUGGAACUGACUUCGAUGUGCUAAGUCCAAUUCCGGAGUUUUAAUGAUGUGUGCCAUAGCUCAAGUGUAUUUUGUUCGGAUCAUGUACAGCUUUCAUUUUUAUGUAGUUUCUUUGCCAGUUCAACUGAGUUAGUACAUGUAUGUUUAAUUACAUUUAGCAACAUAUAUGUACAUGUAAAAGAUAUGUAGACUCGACGCAUAGAGUUGAAUAAGAUGUUGAUGAUCUUGAGAUUAGUAA